AGUGAUCCGUACGUUAAGUUUAAAAUUGGAAAUAAAAUUGUAUAUAAGAGUAGAAUUGUUAAUAAAUGUCUGGACCCUAAAUGGGACGAGUAUUUCGUAAUUCCCAUCGAAGAUGUCUUUACACCGGUUCUCAUCAAAGCAUAUGAUUAUGAUUUUGGAUUUCAGGACGAUUUUCUCGGAGCAACUUCUAUUGAUUUGACCAAACUUGAUAUUCAACAAGCAACGCCUCUAAACUUGGUCUUAACUGAGUCUGGUUUAGAGACCGAAACAGGAGCUCAAUCAUGGGGUGAGAUAUUCUUAACCGUUACAUUAAUUGCAAAAACUCAGGAAGAAAAAGAGAUGCAUUUCACUCGCGGUGCAAAGAUGGUCAGUACGGGAAGCGGUUCUGAGACUACAGUCAAAAAAUUAAAGACUCAACUUUGGGAUAGUGUUGUGAAUAUAGUAUUAGUUGAGGCCAAGAAUAUUCGUGAUGACAGCAACUCCAGUGAUAUUCAUUUCAAGUUUAAAUUGGGUUCCGAUAAAUAUAAG